AUGGAACCCGAUAUGCAUAUUUUUGGGGAGAGCAAGUUGGACUGGGUCAAGUUGCCGGAUGGGGCGAGGACAGCUGAGAGGGGAGAUAACAUGAAGAAGAUGUGGCCAAAGAGUAGUCUCAAGAGAUUGGAGAUUUGUAUGCGGAGGGCCGAGGAGGUGAAGAGGAAGAGGGCUGCUGCUGCUGCUACUGCGUUGAAGGAGAGUGAGCGGAAAAUUGCUGGUGGUAGUAGUAGUGCGGAAGAGACUGCGGCAGUCGAGGGUAGUGGAGAGGGGGAUAAGACGCCUACUGCUGGGGAAUUUGGGGGCGAGAACGAUGAGGAGUUUGAGAAGAGGUUUAGGGAAACGGAGAAGGCGCUACAGGAACGCUUGGAAAGGUUGAGCUUGAAGCUGUCGGAUGAGGAGGUUGUGGAGAUGAUGGAGAAGACGACGAUUGAUGAGCCUGGGGUGGAGCGAGAUGGGCAGCGAAACGCGGAUUGA